AUGCAACGGAGUGCAUCCGCGAUGAUGAGGCUAGGCGUCUAUCCUGGAGCAGGAAGCUGUCUGGUUAGGGGCAAACACCCUUAUCCAGACUUGAUGACUGCGAAAGGGACCUUGUGGGGUCCUUGGAAGGGAUGGAGGCGAGCUGAGCGGUACAUUAUUUAUUUAUUGUCUAAACAUCACGGGUCCGAGUGGGUGGUGAGGUGUGGUGGUGAGAAAUAA